UCGCUCCGUUGCUACUCCGUUUUUGCGCUCCCCGCCGCCAUUGCUGGUGCCCCUCCUGCUGCUGCACCCAUCCGCCUUGGGCGUCAUUGGCAGUAGCAAACACUCCACACCCACACACGCGCGCCCACCGCAUCCGCCCACUCCCCACGACACUUCGCUGACCUCGUUCCGGCUGCGAAGAUGACUGUCUUUUCGUAAGACUGGCCGCUAUAUCAUACCGCGAGACUCGCAAUCGCACAUCGUGUCCGGAGCCGCUCCUCACCCACCCAAACUCACGAAUCCUACUCCCCCUACCCCUCCCGUCUCUCCCUCAUAGCCGACCAUGGCCUGGCAACCGCCCGAGGAGCCCUUGCGGCAACUCAUCCAAUGUCUUGCCGACUCCCUCAGUGGCCAUGACCACAACGUGCGGAGAAAUGCAGAAGUAAUGCUGAAGCAAGCCAAAGCUGCCCCAGAAUUCGACAUGUAUUUGGCCUACAUCUUCUCGACUUCCCAGCCACCCCAGGGCGCCAGCAUAGACGCCCCAAGGUACUUUCAGGCUCGAGCCGCCGCCGCCGUCAUGCUGAAGAACGACGUGAGAACACAUUACAAACAAAUGCACGACACCACCAAGGCAUACGUCCGCUCCGUCAUCUUCGACAGCCUGCGCGACCAGAAUGCUCAGAUGCGCGGCCAUGCUGGUAAUGUGAUUACGGAGAUGGUGCGACAAGGAGGCAUAAUGGGGUGGCCACAGGUCUUGUCCAACCUGAUAUCUCUAAUCAGCAACUCAAGCGGCGACGUUACAUCGCAAGCUCAAGAGGGUGGGAUGAGUGCGCUUUUGAAGAUAUGUGAAGACAACAGAAAGGCUCUCGAUAAGGUCUACCAGGGUGAGCGGCCGUUGAGCUUCUUAUUCCCCAAACUGCUCGAGUUCACCGCGAGCCCCUCGCCCAAGGUGCGUGGUGACGCACUUGCAGCCAUCAACAUCUUCAUCCCAGAGAAACCCUCGGCCGUCAUGUCAUACCUGGACCAGCUAAUGCUCCAACUCUUUCAACUCGCCGGUGAUCAGAGCGAAGAGGUUCGGAAGCAUGUAUGUCGCGCGUUUGUGCACAUUGCAGAUAUCGCCCCCGAACAAAUCAUCCCACAUAUGGCUGGCUUGGUUGACUAUAUGGUCGCCCAACAAAAGAACCCGAACAACGAGGACCUGGCUCUGGAUGCGGCGGAAUUCUGGCUCUGUGUCAGCGAACACGAAAAGCUGCGAGAUUCGCUAGGCCCGCAUCUGGGAAAGAUUGUUCCCGUUUUGCUCGAGAGCAUGGUCUACAGCGAAGACGACAUUUUGCGCCUCGAAGGGGAAAAGGAAGACGCCGAGGAAGAAGACCGCGAGCAGGACAUCAAGCCAACCUUUGCCACAUCCAAAUCCGCCAGGGCCACAAACGCCAACGGGAAUGACACCACGCCGAAUCCGAAUGGUGCCGGCGGCGGAUCGUCUGCCUUUGGUUUUGAGGAUGAUGACCUGAGUGAGGGCGAGAUCUACGAAUCAGACGAAGAGUAUGGAGACCCAGAAGAGCAAUGGAAUCUUCGCAAGUGCUCAGCCGCUGCCCUUGACGUUCUGGCAUCCGUUUUCCACGAGCAGGUCUUUAACAACACCCUCCCGUACCUCACUACCAACCUCAGUCACGCCGAAUGGCCGAAUAGAGAAGCCGCGGUCCUCGCAUUAGGUGCCAUUGCAGAAGGCUGCAUGGACGUCGUCAAGCCACAUCUCCCCAUGCUUACCCCGUACCUCAUAUCGCUGUUGGAUGAUUCGGAGCCGGUGGUUCGCAUCAUCACAUGCUGGUCGCUCGGUCGCUAUUCCGCCUGGGCAUCUCAUUUGGACGCUGCCGGCAAGGAGCAGUUUUUCGUACCAAUGAUGGACGGCAUCCUGAAGAGAAUGCUGGACCCUAACAAGCGAGUGCAGGAGGCGGCCGCUUCCGCAUUCGCAAACUUGGAAGAGAAGGCAAACACCCAGCUGAAACAGUACUGCCCCGUCAUUGUCCAGCAAUUCGUCCAGUGUUUCGCCAGGUACAAGGAUCGGAACAUGUUCAUCCUUUACGACUGCGUGCAAACGCUCGCCGAGCAUGUGGGGCCCGCCCUUGCACAAGAGGAGCUGGUCAAUAUGCUCAUGCCGGCCCUCAUCCAACGGUGGGGCAAGGUCUCCGAUCAAUCGAGAGAGAUGUUCCCUCUGUUGGAGUGCCUCUCGUAUGUUGCUACGGCACUUGGUCCCAUGUUCUCCAGCUACGCACCGGACAUCUUCAAGCGAUGCAUCAACAUCAUCCACCGCAACCUCGAAGAAUCGAUGCAGGCGGCACAGAAUGAAGCGUUCGAGGUGCCAGACAAGGACUUCUUGGUGACGAGUCUCGACUUGCUUAGUGCAAUCAUCCAGGCAUUGGAGCCUCGUUCAAGUGCUCAACUGGUGGCGGGCGAGCCAAACUUCUUCCAGAUGCUUGCUGUCUGUAUGCAGGACUCAAGCAACGACGUGAGACAGUCAGCAUACGCGCUCCUCGGGGACUGCGCUAUAUACGUUUUCGCACAGCUGCAACCACACCUGUCUCCGAUCCUAGACAUCCUGAUAAAUCAGCUGGAGCUCUCCCAGGUCAGGAAGGAUGGGCUGGAGACCGGCUAUUCAGUCAUUAACAAUGCCUGUUGGUCGGUUGGGGAGAUUGCGAUGAGGCAAAAUGAGGGUAUGCAGCCGUACGUCGACAGACUCCUCCAAAAGAUUGCCAUCAUCCUGUUCGAUGAGGGUGUCCCGCAAUCGUUGAAUGAGAACGCAGCAAUUGCGUUGGGAAGGCUGGGACUAGGAUGCGCUUCCCACCUCGCGGUGCAUCUAGCGCAGAUUGCGCCGCCCUUUCUGCGGGCUAUCAGACAUGUGUCGUGGACAGACGAGAAGGGGCAUGCUCUCACCGGAUUCAUGCAGAUUAUACUCGCAAAUCCCCAGGCGAUGGAACAGAGCCUCCUCGACUUCUUCUGCGAAAUGGCUCGAGCUGAUGUCAGUGCGGUCAAGGGACCGGGCGAACAGAAGGUGCUUCGAGAGACGUUCCAACGGGUGAGUGCAGCAUGACGUUGGAGAGACUUGGGCGAGGCUAAGAGAAAUCUAGGUGAUUCAGCAGUACAAGGGCAUGAUACCGGACUUUGACGGGUUCCUAGGCAAUCUACCACCGACGGACCAAGCACAAUUCCGUGAACUGUACCUCGUAUGAGUAAGCUAUCGGGAACUGUUAGAUCCGCGACGUAUGG